AUGGCUCGUACCAAGCAGACCGCCCGCAAGUCCACCGGCGGGAAGGCGCCUCGGAAGCAGCUGGCGACCAAAGCCGCCCGGAAGAGCGCCCCGGCCACCGGGGGCGUGAAGAAGCCUCACCGCUACCGCCCUGGGACUGUCGCCCUGCGAGAGAUCCGUCGCUACCAGAAGUCGACCGAGCUGCUGAUUCGCAAGCUGCCCUUCCAGCGUCUGGUGCGGGAGAUCGCGCAGGAUUUCAAGACAGACCUGCGCUUCCAGAGCUCUGCGGUGAUGGCGCUUCAGGAGGCGAGCGAGGCUUACCUGGUGGGCCUUUUCGAAGAUACCAACCUGUGCGCCAUUCAUGCCAAGCGGGUCACCAUCAUGCCCAAAGACAUCCAGCUGGCUCGCCGCAUCCGCGGAGAAAGAGCUUAAGAUAUUCGUUGUCAAAGUAGGGGCCUCCUACGUUCAAAAACCCAAAGGCUCUUUUAAGAGCCACCACAUAAUCUUAAAAAGCUGUUAAUUACUGCAAUAUUAAUUUUACCAGUUCGGUAUUGUGCAUUAAGCAGCAGUUGCUGGGAAUGUUAAAAGUGGACACAGCGGCGUGGUACUUCUGUGCAGUUUACAGGCGUCUCCCAUGGAUCU